AUGCCUGCCGUCGAAAUAUAUUUGCAUGAGACUGAGGAUACGCGAGCUCCAGUUUCUAUCGCUGAACGAACAGGGCAGCGGACAGAGCAGAGGACAAGCUACGACCCGUUACCGCCGGCAAGUGUGGACGAUAGCCCUUCAGAGUCUAUUGAUGGAAACACUUAUGUUGGUCAGGAGUCAAGACUUGAUUUUGCCAACAACCCAGCCUUGUUCCUUUCGCCCCAUUUGCCAUCAUUCGAGCGGGAUCCCAACACCACCACAUCGGAGAGAGAGCCAAACAGGCCCGCACCACCUCCGCGCGCAUCCCCAACUACAGAGUGGAAUACAACAUGGGACAGAAACUAUGUACGCCAAGACCGACCAUUUAGUCUUGCAGACAGGAUGUCGCGCAUGUGGUCACCGCAAGCCGAAGCCCAUUAUAAUGAUGCGUAUACAGCGACAUUUCCGAAGAUUAGCGAUGAGGAUUGGCUCUGGCUGUCUGGCCAACUAUCUGAAGUUUAUGUUCCUCGGCAUCCAAGUAAUGUCAGGUAUGAGCUGCCUUCGCGAAGUGCACUGUCACGCUACCUGUACAGGUUCUUGAAUGAAUUCCAUCCACAUUACCCAAUCGUCCACUCGCAGACCUUAUCGAUCAGAGAUAUGGCGCCCGAACUGACUCUAGCAAUGGCCACCGUCGGCUGCCAGUAUUGUCUGGAGUCUCGUGAGGCUAAGAGGAUGUUCGAUCUUACUCGGGACGUUAUUUUGGAGAAAGUCGAUCGCCGUCAAAUUGGGUACGAUAGUGCCCAAUUAGGGUGGGCACCGCCAGUGCAGGCCUCGGAAGAUCAAGUGCCGGGGGACCGGUUUUCCUUCCUCUCUCAAAACCACAGACUGCAGCUCGGGGCGUGCCAGGAAUGUCAUGCCUAUGCUUUGAUUGAAACCAUGCAGGCCCUCUUUUAUCUUAUGGUCGUGGCAUCGUGGGGCGAGGUAAACCAAGGGCGCUCAAGGGAUAUCGCAACCAUCCAAAGUCUUCUUGCUCUGCUAAUGCAACAGCAAGGGUUAUCGGAAAGAGCCUGUAGUCUAUGCUCGUGGGAGAGUUGGAUCCGCCACGAGAGUGCCAGGCGCACGAAGCUGGCGAUCUUUUGCAUUUUUGGCCUGCGUGCCAUAUCUACAAACGUGCCAUCAGCAACGCUUCUCGCAGAUAUCCGUCUCCAACUACCCUGUCAAGCAGCGGAAUGGCAAGCACUGAAUGCUGAGAGCUGGGAAAUGAUUCAUCGAGAGUCCGAAAGACCUCUUAUGUUCCAUGAUCACUUCGAGCUUCUAUUUCAGUCAGAUGGAGAUGUUCCCUCUUGCUCCACUCUAGGAAGCCACAUCAUGAUCCAUGCAAUUUUGCAACACAUUUUCUACCUGCAUCAAGUCACGCAGGUGAAUGAUCUCCGAGGCCAGGGCUCCGUGGAGCAACUCCUCUCAGUUCAACGAGCCCUGAAGCGGUGGAGGUCCAGCUGUGAGCAAGAUACAGAAUCGUCACUCGAUCCUCUCGUCCAAAGUGGGCCGAUUGUCAGCAACUCGGUGGCUUUGUAUCGCCUCGCAUAUAUCCGACUACUCGUCAACAUUGGCCCCGCUCGCUCCUUGAUCGAACAGGAUGAAACAAUAAUUAUUGGUCGUCUGAAAAGUCUUCCUCCUCUAUCCAGGAACCCUUUACUGACAAUGGCCGCCCGGCAAGCGAUGGCUGCACUUCUCGCCCCCUUGGAACAAGGGAUCUUCCUCAUUGGCCAGGAACGCAACUGGUCCGUGGUCCAUGCUAUCUGUUCACUAGAAUACGCGUAUAUAUUGACCGAAUUCCUACGUCUUACCGCUGCACAUGAGUUGACUUCACCGCUGGAUUCCGAUGAACACGAUGUUCUUGUCGGGAUAAAAGAGGUCUUGCUGGAGGUUGAGAAAUGUUUGCCCAACGGAAAUCUUGCUGGUUUUCAUAAUGCACCUAAGUUUUUAGCCGGCAAGGUAGCUCUUGCAUGGGCAACUAUCCUCCAAAGUGCACGAACGUGGAAGAUUGUGGAUCUAGUAAGGCGUGUUCUUCUACAAUUAGCGGAGUCGACAGACAUUGGGGGUUAA